AACGAUUAUUUGAACUUGAUAAUUAUAAAAAUAGGAACACAGAAAGAGAAGAUAAUUCUGACGUUGAUAUCCCGAAGUAUGUUAUCCUUUAUAAGGAUGAUAAAAAAAGGAUAAUUUUGUACUUCAAGAACUUCUUUGAUCCAAUCAACGCUGAUCUAUCUGAACAAAUAACUGACAAUUUUAACUUAGAGUUUAAGAACCAAAAAGAAUUUGCUGAUUUUCUUUUAAAUCAAAUAAAAACUAAAGAAAAGAAAUUCAGUUUAAGACAAUAUAAAAAAAUCUGA